UUCCCCUAUCCAACAACAGGAUCAGCAGGUACAGGUACAUGGAGCUGACAUAUCCUCAAAUCAUCAUCUGGUGUUUACCAAAAUGAAUCUAAAGCUAAAGAAGCAUUAAAAAACUUGGCAAACAGCUGUAUGAAACCAAAAUACGACCUUCUUUCGACACUGACAAAUCCAGUGAAUUCAAGACAAGUCCAUAGAAAUCAUUAUUCUGUUUGCAGCUUUGUCAAGUGAUACUCGGCUUUAUUGAUCCCAUUCCUCAUAUAUAUAUAUAUAUAUAUAUUAUUUCGAUGUGGUGAAAUACUUCAUUUCAUGUCCCUAUCAUCUGUCUUCCACAUUGUUUUAGUUCGCUAGGUCAUCUGGUGCCUCAAGGUUGUCUGUUCCAUGUGUAAUGUAUCUAUCAACUUUAAGAUAUGGAAAGAAUACUAUCUCUCACUGAUGAUGAGUUAAGAGCCGAGUUGUCAGUCAAGGGAUAUUACCCACCACCUAUUCAAGAUGACGUCACUAGAAGAAUAUUGCGCAAAAAGCUGGCAUUUUUAAUUGAUCCUUCUCUGGUGAUUGAAGAGCCAGUUCAAAAUCCAGAUUCUUCAGAUAAUAGCGAUUCGUCUGAUGCAGCUGGAGAGGCAAGUAUCCGCUCGAGAAAUCGCGUCAGAUUUUCUGAACCUCAAGAAACUGUAUACGAAGUUACUGAAAACCACAAACGUGGUUUCUUUUGGUACGCAAUAUUCUUGCUUACCGCGAUCGUGGUUGGAUAUCUUGUGAUGAAAGACAUAGAUAUUAUUUCGUUCAUGAAAAUGCUGGUUUAUUCCUUUUCCCAGUAAUCAAUAAUAUGUUUCAUUCUUAUGAUUGUUUGACAUAUAUGACAUAAGCAUGGGAGACUUAUUUCAGUUUAAAAUCGACUCAAAAGGGGAAAUAAUUAUAAACAUUCAGUAUAUGUUUAAAUCGAUCGAGUCAGAGAAACAAAUAAAUGUCACGAUGAUUUUUCGCCAUAGACUCGGACCGACUGCCUCAUUUUCCCAUGAUUUCUGACCAUUGAUGUGAUAUUCAGAGGAGGUUUUUUUUACAACACAGAUAGUUACUUUCGCCGCAGAUCAUCAUCGAAGCACAGUUUACAAAUGUCGAGCCAUCAAACUUUUACAUUGAAAUCGUGAAGGGUACGGAUUAAUAGCAAAUUUUAAUGUGUUUUUUGGAGGUGUCUGAAGAGUUAAUUAUACUCGAGAAUCCUAAAGACCGCAGUAAAAUGUUUAUGAUAAGUGCCUUCAAAUAAAAGCCCUUAUAAUGACAGUGAAUCCCCAAUAUAAAAUGUAAUACUGGAGAACGUGGUUUAAAGCCGAAAUAACAAGUGAAACUGACACCCAGUCGACACAGUGCUUUAUCGGAUGCUGAGAAGAACUCACCAAAUAAGAACUGAUUAACUUCCAGUCGUAAUGACUUGGAAGUACUCGGUCGUUGGUGUCGACCAAGAUCUGGAGGCCUAUAGCAGGACUAUUAAGUGGGUGGGUCCAUGCGAUAGCCAUAACCAAUAGCUGCAUACAUUUGGUGAUGGGUCACAAUCGGAUCUAGUUUCGUAGAUGUGUUGCAGACUCAUCUCCCAUUACAACUUGGUACCUUACGUUGCGUCAGACGUCCUGCUUACUAGUUUCGUUUGCUAAGAACCUAUUGUAUCACUGCUACGGCUCCCUUAUCAUGAAAAGUUUUAUUCCUCACUGUAUCGUAGUGAUAUAGCAAUCUGGGCCUACACAAGUGUGGUCUUACUACAUCCGUUAGUGACUGGUAAGGAACGUAAGAUAUCCGGCAAGUUGAUGAGUUUAUGAACUAACAUCCGUCCAGGCGGUCCGUCUGUGCUUCUCUGUUCACAGGCUAAUAUAGGUGGUUCUUAAUAACGUAGGAGGAGAUUGGGAGAUUAUAGGCCUCCAAAUCAAAACAUCGCACUAGCCUAUGGAAUCAAGAACUGCCGAUGACAACCUCACUGGAAGCUGUGGAUUCGCCGAUCUGGGAGAUAAACAGUCUAUAUUAUUGAAGACGGUGGGAGGAUUCGAAAUCUAUUUAAAUGAGACGGAUGCGAUUGUCUUCUACCCACCAUCACAUCUUGACGAUGAAAGUCUUCUUAGCGACUCAUCCGGUGGUUUUAUUCAGUGGGAUGUCCUUUCACAUUCUAUGUCUGCAUUGUUAUUAUUCGUACCCUUAGGCUCUUCCUGGUUUCUUUGCAUUUUGCCAUCCUAAAGUACAGGGACGUGGAUCUAUAAGUAUUUGGUUAGUUAGAACAACUGGUUCGUCAAUGUCUCAGGUUAUGAUGGAAUGGUGGAUUCAACUGCGCUUCACACGGUUGAAUCUCACUGAUAGUAAUCAGGAACAUCGGCCGACAACAGUUUGUCUUGUUUGAGUCUAGUAUAUCUAUAUAGUAAUUAGUUACUAACCUGGCGUAACGUUCUUAGUCGAUUUAGCAAGUCAUUCCGUCCGCUCUAUUGGGCAACUAACACAUGUCUAGAUGCAUCAAUGACAAAUUAUUUAAAUACAGACUAGGUUAUUUAUAGGGUUUUCGUAAAGAGAUUGUUCUCUAUACAGUUUCUAGUGGUCCAAUGCUUAUAAGUGACAACGAUGUUCUCAAGUAAUGUAUGGGAUCCGUAAUAUCUUCUCAAUCUUUUUAUUUUUCUUAACUGUGAAGCACUGCUAGCUACUACCUUUGGAGUUAGUGAUUAAAAAUUGGCUUUUCUUCUUCAGAUCUUUGCUCUUAAACCAAAUAGUAGACUGUAUCACUCCAAGAACUGGAUAAACUUUGAUUUCCUAAGGUUCUGUGACAAUAAAAAACGCAGUAUAAUCAUUAUUGUGAACUCAGAAUCUGGAAAUUAGUGGCAAAUAAAGUGUAGAUGUGGAUUAAAACCUAAAGAGGUGUCGGGCGAUUUGACCUAGUUGUGUGUAAUAUAAGUUUAUUCAUUCCAUUCUAAACAGUUAGUUUUUCUGUGGGUCGGUUGAAAUAAACAAAUUACACGCGUAUAUCUCUGUAGAAUUUUAGUGCUAAUCAUACCUCCUGUUAUACUAAACUGAGGGUAAUGCAAUGAAUCGUACGAAACCGGGACUGAGGCAUUGGGAAAAAACUCGUGAUGCCAUAUGUUUGCGACAACAGUAAGACCGCUGGGACAAAGAGGUGAAGGUGUCAUAUGGGCCUGUGUAUACGUUCUUAGGAUGCUUUUGUGUCACUGACUUUGUAAUGUCUCUGUGCUUUGCCUUUCAUGCUCAUCAUUUUCCUAAAUAUUUGUUGCAAUUUAAUCUUGCUGUGGGCGUAAUUGGUUCGUCGUUUUUAAUGCAUCUUUGAGCUAUUCUGUCAUGAUUUAAUCCUUUCACGUUGACCAUCUUUGGCCUCAAAGUGUUCGAUGUUUAAUAUGGGUCUCCUCUGUUAUCGUAUGUUCGGCUUUAAGAAUAGAAUGGUUGAGAACCAAUUCCACUUCAAUGUUUCAUGAAAAGAUGCUUCUUUCAAUCAACCCAUUGUGAGUGAUGAUUACGUAACAAUUAUCUUUAAUGUAGUUGCAAAUUAGAUGUAUAUAAUUUACAAUAAUAUUUUUCAACUUCGCAUCAGCCGGUCAAACGACACAACCGUUCUAGAGUAUCAUUAGCACGCCUCAUGGCUACAAGAAUUAUUGAGGCUAACGGAGGACGAUCACAAGGUAUUACUGAUACCCUAUUGAGACCUAGCAGUGAAGCUCCUAGUAACGUAAAAGUGGCGAAAAUACUCACUGAUCAUUUUGACAUGGCUAAAUCAAGAACUUACAGACUUGGGACUCUAUUUCAUACUAGAUGCAAGUUGUAAUCUGAAAAAAAUCAACCCAACCUCUAGGUUAGUACUAAGAAACCAAGAUACCUACGAUCAGGAAGACCAUCAGUAUAUCUUCAGCGUGGCAAAUGUUCCACGAGUAGUAGAUAAGUAACUUCUAUGUAGUUUAUAAUGGGUCAUAUCUACCAAUGAUAAUGUAUUAUGGUUGAAAAUAGGUGUAUCACAGGCAAGUCAAAUUGUACAUUUUAGUGGAAACAAAGGAAGACAUUAAUUAGUUCAAAUGAUUGUAAGUAUAAAAGUUAGGAGACGAGACAUUUCGUCAAACUCAGCAAAUGACAAGGAGGGCAUUUACAAAGAAAUGGCCGGUAAAAAGUAAAAUCAAAAACGAGGAAUUCCCCAAUCCACAAGCUAUUUCUUUUGUGUAAUAAGAAGGAACUUUGGUAGCGAAAAUCAUUUCUGUGUACACAGAGUGUUCGAUAACCUGCAUAAAUAAAAUAUGACGUUUAUUUAAAUAGAUAGUAUGUAAUUAGCAAUAAUAUUGUGAGGUAAAUAACUUCUAAUUCCAUGAACUAGGAUGUCACAGGAUAUUUUCUAUUAAAAUAUGACGAGUUAGUCUAUUUUGUUGUUUACUUUGUAUCGACAAAAGUUGAUCAGGACACGUCAAAUAUUUUGAGUCACCAGUUUUCCAUAUUUCAGCUUACAAGAGUGAUUAAUGUGUAAUUUAAUUGGGAAUGGCAUAGCUUAAAAUAGUUUGAAAUGGGGCACAUGCAUCCAUUCUUUAUCUUCUCCCUAAUUCUGAGAUUCUAUAUUUCUCAAGAUUUUCUUUCGUUUUUGUUUCACUAAUUUAUAUUCUCCCCCGGAUCUUAUCUACGAUGCCCAAUUCUUAUUACGAUUGAUAUUGCUACCACCUCUAAUUUUUUGGGAUUUGGUUUGACAUAUCUGCAAAUGGGAUAUGGCAACUUGAACCGAUGUACAUACGUACCAGGUGCUACGUUUUGGCUGAUUGACUAAAACGCUAAGAAUAAACAAAUGGUGAUGUGAUAUCAACUCAUGAAGAUAUUUACUUUCGUCACCUAUCUAAAUAUAUAAAGGUUAAGUACCCUACAGACUGUUCAAAACUCUCAGAAGUAACAAUGUAUCGCAGUCAUCAAGCACGAUACAACUGAUUUGCAUUGUUUGUAUUAGGGGCAUAGUGGUGAUACUUGAUCAUUUAAGCUGAAGCAGGCAGAUUGAAGUUCGAAAAUCCGACCUGUUAGUUAAGAGCCGAUUGUUUAAAUCGUCAAACCGCUACUGCAACUGUGUGAAGUCUCCAUAGUUUGGUAAACAUUCACGCCUUGAAAUCAAUGUGAACUUUUCUGUUUACAAACUAUCAACUCAAUAAAUAAUAUUAUUAUGUACAAAAGAAUCUUAUGAAAUCCGAAACCUUAAUACAAACGAAUAAGUUUGAUUAUCAGCCGAUUUACGGUAAAGCACAUAUCAUCUAAACAAAUGUGAAUGUGAACCAAUAAAAGACAUAUUGUAUUAUGUCAACAAAUGUAAUAGUUAUCAUAACUUCCGACUAAUAAACAUGAGCGGUCACACAAAGUUAAUAAUCCAGUGCACAAUGAAAUAGAAUUAAGUUUUAAAGUAGGAAAGUUUAGGAAAAAACUAAACCAGUCAACGGUAUCAAUUUGACGGACUUAGUUGGUUGACUUAAUUAUUUCCAUAGUACCAUCAAGUGUACUCAAACCCUGAAACAUGGACGUAGUCUCACUCAUUAUCACAUGCAGAAGGGUAACGAAACUCAAAGAGUUCAUUGGUAACAUCUCUAACUUGAAAAAUGAAUGGCCCAAGUUUGAAUUUAACGAGGAGCAUUAGUUUCGAUAAGAUUAUAAAUAUAACUCGCCCUUGACAAGUGACAACUAGCGCGAAACCCAAUUUAAGUAGGUGAGCCAUCCAGUUCAUCACCGUCAGCCAACUACCAUCUUAUUGUAUACAUCUCCCGUUUACUCAUUUACCAUGUACAAAUACAUUUAAUUCGCUUCGAGUCACGCUGUAAGUACGAAGGCUGGUGAUACCAACUAAUUCUUGAAAGAUAAGUACAUGAGGCGCGGGGUUUAAAUAUUUGACUUAGUGGUUGAAAGUCAAACACCUUAACCACUCCAUUUAACUAUAAGGAAUACAGACUUAAAGUAAAGUUAAUCAUUCAUUUUAUAAUAGAUUGAAUAAACUUACCAAUCCAUAGCUUCUUCCAAUCCUUCACCUUUUAAUGCAGAUGUUUUAAAUAAUUGAUAACGUCGAUUUUUAAUUGCAGCUAAGCCAAGUGAUUGUGCUACUUCACUGAUAGUCAUACAACCAGAUAUAUCUUGUUUAUUUGCCAAUAUUACCAGUACAGCACCACGAAGCUCUUCCUCCUGCAUGCCGAGACAAAUUAAGUAACGUUACAAAAAGCUUGUAAGCAUGAAAGUAUAUUUAUUUGAAAAGAUUUUUUUGGGAAUCUGUAAAUAACUUUCAUCAGAGGCUCAGGAAACUGGAAAAUGUUAAUCUAAUAUUGAAUAGGGGUUUCACGGAAAACAUCCACACGAUUGUCACAUUUUGGUUGAAUAAUUACUUACAUCGUUGCUAUAUUUGGCAUCUCCAGAAGUUUCUGGAAGGUUAAAGACACAAGACGUUAUAAAUACAUUUGAUUCUUUGCACAUAACUAACCUUGAGACAAAGCUCAUACACUUCGUGCCUCUUCCCAUUUUUCGAGUUGAGAUGUACCCAGGGUUUAUACGUAAGCAGCUAGGAAGGUAGUAGUAAGCGUCCAAGUGGUAAAUUUCUCAAAACUUCCAAAGAUUUUAUGGACACAAUAUGAGAGAAAUUCAAUUAGACUGGUUAUAGUUCAUUAUCGAUGCUAGUAUAAAUAUAACUAACUCAUCUCAGAAAUUUCUAUAAUUUCAACAUAAAAUUGUACUUUUACAUUUAUAGACUUCAUUCUGGCUUCUCAAUCCGAAAAUUGUUUGUUGUUACCAACCCACUCACUCUUGUACUCAUUUUUGUCAAACCGAGUGAAACAAUAUGAGACAAAUUAAUCGGCGAAUAAAAGUCCUAUCGUCUAGUCCUCCCUCCUUAUGUGCUGAUGCAAUUCUACUAAUCACUCUUUAAAAAUGUCCAUCAGAUGACUUAGUGAAAUUCUUUGAUGUUAAACGACUGGAGGAUAUAAGUUUUGUGCUGGUUGGGAUUAGGAGGUCGGGUAAUUAGUAAAAGAAUCCAAUAGAUACUAGAGACAAUACCAUGAAGUUGGUUUUUAUUCUGAUCAUUUAGUAAUGAUAGUAAUAAAACACCUCCAAUGUAUGUAUUAUAAUUCUCAUCAGGACUGCAGAUAGAUUACGCUGAUGAUUUUUAAUCAGUACCAAAUCAAUGGUCUAUGGAUUCCAUCUGGGUUUUAUUAUUCAUACAACAUCAACCAAAGCGAUAUAAUUACUGAACGUAUGAAAGAUAGUAAGUUUACGUAAAAUUGUUUAUAUUAUCAGAUAAUGAAGUAUAAUAAGUUGUUUAAUUUAUUAAAUCUCAACUUUCCAGCCAAAAGACAGUGUUUUUAUAUCUACUUGUACGACCAUUUUCUUUGUGCUGAUAAAUUAAUCGACGUGAAAUCCACUAUUUUCAUAUGCUAACACAGUCAGUCAGCUACAACGUAGGACGAGGCACAUAUAUGCAUCGGUCCAAGUUGUCAUACCUCAUUAGGACAACAAGAUGAACACUGAAUUCAUCGAGGUAGUCAAUUCAAUGGUGGUAAUAUGUAAAAGACUGCAUAUAAGGAUAUGGUACAGUAAGAAAGAAUUAGUUCGUAGAAAGAAAGAUAUAAAUCAAUUUUAAUCUCAUAGUUUAAGGGAAGACAGAGAGUGGAUACACCGACACCAUUGUGAUCGAUUCUCAGCUAUGUAACCAGAGUCUUCAGCCAUUGGUUACGAUGGUCACACGGACCUCAACUAAGUAGUCUGCAUCUACCAACAUGGCUCAAACUAGAAGUCAGUUUUUUUAUGGACUGAUGCCACGUUUUGGUUUAGCCGCCCCUAACUUUCUUCCAACCAUUUCCAACACCGGUUAGCAUUGCACGUCGCGGUAAUCGGUGUUCAGGCAUACGUAACACGUGGCCCAACCAUCUCAAUCGAUGAAAAUUUAAAACAUCAUAAACUUAUUUACCGUCAUUCCCUAAUACCCUGUGUCUAACUUCACCAUUACUUACUUGGUGAUCCCAGAAGAUGUGAGCAAUAUUUUUAAGUUAUCUGUGGUCAAAUAAUAGUAGCUUACAAGUAUCGUUUACCCUUAAUGGCCACAUUUCGCAGCCGUGAAGUAGAACAGAACGAACUGCCGCGCACUAUACUCGUCCCGUAAUUCAGAGACGGAUAUCUUGCCUUCGCCAUAGGUGACGUAAGUUGGCAAAAGCCAAACGAGCUUUCUGAAUCCGCACAGAGAUUUCGUCAGAUACCAACCCAUUAAGGCUGAUCAGACUUCCAAGAUAAGUGAAGUUGUCGACGCGUUCGACUAUUUAUUUAUUUUAACACAUAGAUAUUGGUACAAGGAGGCACCAAAUACAUAUGCACCACACAAAUCUUAUUCGAUAUGUGUGAGGGUUGUGAUACUGCUCGAGUGCCCAAACCGAAGCGGGUGGUUUUCUUAGGGAGCCACAUUCGGAGCCUUCGACCUGAAGGUCUAAUCCACAAGGCAGUGGAGCAUCUUAAGGAGAUGCAGUCCCAUGGAAGCCGGUGACCAACGACUGGUUCAUACGCCAUUUGUUCCCGCAGGAUACUGGAGCCCAUGCGCACCAUUGGUUUGGGAUCCGGUUAAAGCGCCUUACAUUCGCUUUUCGUUCUCUCAUUUUCGUAAACAACACCCCCGCCACGAGAAGGCAGUGAGUAGGACUUCCCUCCGGGACUUAGACCCAGUACAAUUUACCUCAAACCCCAUAGCGUCAUCCGCUUGGCUACUGAGUUCAGAUAGUUACUGACUUGUACAACUGGAUGGACGGCAGUGGGUUCGAAUCCAGGAGUGAAUAUCAACUUUGGGAUACUGGUAUGUCAUGGUGACCAAUCCUAAUUAGGACGAGACGUGCGUCCUGGAUCCCACUGCUAGGCACUAUCCAUCUCUGCUUAUAAUGCCUGCGACGUGAGGCAAUCCCUACUGGAUUCCCAUAUGCCAAUCAAGUGAUCAAGUUCCAUUUAACAUAUAUCAACAACGGGGUAAUCCAAACCAUUUCAAAUUGAAUUAUUCAAAUGUUGACGAAUAUUCUUAUAUUCCAUCCAUAUUAUUCACAUAAUAACUAUGUUUUUCAGACAGCUAACCGAUAGUUACUGGCUUGUACAAUUGGAUGAACGGUGGUGGGUUCGAAUCCAGGAGUGAAUAUCAACCUUGGGAUACUGAUACGUCCUGCUGACCAGUCCUAAAUAGAACGAAACGCACAUCCUGGAAUCUACUGCUAGUCACCAAAUGCCGUGGUACGGCCGAGAGUGGAGAGAGUCAACUAUUCCUCUGGAAAUGCUCUCACAUGGCCACAUGCACACAACCACUACCAGAGAAGUCCUACUCACUGUCUUCUCGCAGCUGGGGUGUUGUUUACGAAAUUGAGGGGACGUAAAGCGGAUGUCCAGUGCUUUAACCGGGUUGGUGGACAUAGAGUCCACCUGGGGAGUUGGAAAACCCUCAUCCCAAACCAAUGAUACACAUGGGCUCCAAUAUCCUGAAGGAACAAAUGGCGUAUGAACCAACUAUUGGUUACCGGCUACCAUGGGACUGCAUCUCUUUACGUUGCUCCGCUGCCUUGUGGGUCAGACCAUUAGGUUGAAGGCUCCGAAUGUGGCCCCUUAAGACGACCACCUGCUUCGGUUUGGGCAUCCGGUCAGUAUUCUAGCCCUUACACAAACCGAAUGAUUUAUGUGGCGCAUAUCUAUUUGGUGCCCCUUGUACCAAUGUCUAUGUAUUUAAAUAAAUAAACUGCUAGCCACACUCCAUCUAUGUUAUAUCAGCACGGACAAUACUUAAAUGACCAAAUCAAAGUGAGAUUAGAAUAAGUGAUACAGUAACCAAGAGGAAAGCAGAGGUUCUAUUUUAAUGAACUGUAAUGUUUUGAGCCAUAUCACUUUUCUAGUUUUGAAUUGAGUUGGAACAAUUUAGUAUUAGUUAUGCAACAAAAUUGGUCGAUUUGGUUCUGCGUAGUGUGAUCCAGUGAAGUCCAUGUGGCUUUGUGAAUGCGCUUAUGUGGGAAUACGGUGCCGCCUACGACCAGUUUAUUGAAGGCACAUAGGCGAUGUUCAUUGAAAUGCCUUCUUUCUUUGUUUUGAAGGAGGCUUUGAUGAUCCUUGGUCCAUGAGAUUCCCAUCCUAUAAGUGCGUUUUGUGCUCGUUUGGACAGCAUCAAUGCAACUCCUUGUGUAUGUGGAGCAUUUUCUUCUUCAUGGCCGGAGUAUAACAGAAGCUCUCCUGAAGUUAGUCGUUGUUGUCCAACUUGCGUCCAGUGUGUUUCACUGAUCCCAGGCACCUCUAGGUUGUAACUCCUCAUUUCUGCAGCGAUUUGGAAGGCUCUCCCGGUGUCCCACAUUGUACGAACAUUCCAUGUACCUAGAGUAGAAUCUGAUACAUAAGUACAUCGGUUUAAGUUAACAUACUCCAUUUGCACAAAGAGGUGAAGUUGUUAAACCAAAUCCCAAGAUAUUAGAAGUGGCAAUAGUAUCAGCGGUAAUAUGUAUCAAAUAUACGUUUCAAUAAUAUAUAAGUAGGAGAAAACGAGCAAUUUAAAGGUUUUCAAACGAUUUUGAGUCAGCUAAAAUCAAAUUUAUCCAGUUUUUUACUUUUAAACUAUGUCAAUUUUGGUAAUAAAAUUAAAAAUCUAUCACACUUUGAUAGUUUGAAUGACCAGUAUUCUAAUAACGUGACUAGUCUAACUGAGACUAUUGAAAAAUACUAACGUCACUAAAGUUGAUUUUAAUAGAAAUUGAUUUCAAUUUUGUUUUAAAAGAUCUGCUAUAUAUAGAUAUAUACCUAAAACCAGUGAAUCAAUGAAUAUAGAACUCAGUAUAACUAAGCAACGCUUCACGUUGUCACAACACUGUAGUAGUAAAAUAAAGAAAAAUAAUAGUAGUGAAUGAGAAAUAAAAACCCACAAAUGGUAAAUAAAACAACCGACAAAGAGAAAUGGGAAGUACAAAAUAAAUUAAAAUUCAAAAAUUCCAAGGAUAAUUGAAAAUGGAGUGCGGCAGGUCAAAUGUAUCUUUAAGACUCCAACUAUUGUGAUGCAGAUAAAUAUAUGGUUAUUGCCCAGGAAAUAUGUAUUGGAGUAUAUUAUCGAUCAGUGGGUUUAUCGGUUGUUGAGUCAAGUCUUGUGACUUGAUCAAGCACAACUGGCUUCUUCCUAGUUCUAAUUCAAUCAACAUAGUACACCUGUAUACGUAGUGACUCAAAAUUAUUGAUAAGUAUUCCGUCCACCCUGUACGACGAAUGGCUAUAUCAAUGUUGAUUUGGAGUUCUUAGAGCUAGAUAGUUCAAUUGUUUAUUAUUAAUAUUAUUAUAUUUAUUUAAACACAUAAACAUUGGUACAAGAACGCACCAAAUAGACAUGCGCCACAUAAAUCAUUCGAUUUUUGUGAGGGCUAGGAUAAUGCUCGGGUGCCCAAACCGAAGCAGGUGGUUUUCUUAGGGGGCCAAACCCAGAAUCGUUGACCUAAAUGUCUAACGCACGAGGCAGUGGAGCAAAGUUAGGAGAUGCAGUCCCAUGGUAGACAGUGGCCAACGAUUUGUUCGUACGCCAUUUGUUCCUUCAGCAUGCUGGAGCCCACAUCAUAUCACAAUGUGUAGACUCUUUAUAACCGUGCGAAUUGAAACCCUCAUCUAUACAAUCUGAUCAACAGAUUUCAUUCAGUAAAAUUUACUCUUAAGUUACGCAAUGUAAGUUAUAUCACAGCUAGAAAUUAAAAAAAAUCAAUAUACCUAAUUACAAUCAAAACAAGUUGAAAUAAUUCUGAAAUAUUAACCAAGUUUUUUCUAUUUAAAUAGAAACACAUAAAAACCUGUGUAUAUCAGGUUACUAUUUAAGUAUCAAGGCGAUCGAAAUGUAAAACAUUUUUGUACAAAAUACUAUACAACCUGACUAAACAACAAUUCAAUUACGGUGUGUGUGUGUGUGUGUGUGAAGUAGAUAGUUAACAGUAGCAAUGGAUAAUUGUUUGGUGAUAUUGCAUGUAAGACAUUAAAGGACGGUUCAGUAGUUUAAAGAUCCAACAUUCAUAGUGAGAUCAGACGGUCCUAAGCUCGAUUUCCUAUAGGAUCGUGAAUGUGUAUUGUUGAACAAGAGUCUUAUAGUAAGAUGAAACCGCUAUCCCCUGUUUAACGGUUUUGAAUAGCUUUCUAAUUAAGGUUAGUCCGUGAUGGAAAUAAAGAAAUCCAAUCAAUUCGAUAAACCAAGUACAGUAACAAGAAAAGGUGUCUGUGUCACAUGAAAAUAUUCCACGCACUAGCAAAGGAUCAGUAAGAACAAUAAACUUUGUUUGCAACUCUUGCUGUUCAUGAGAUAUUAAUACAUCGAACCCAUUGUACACAAAGCUUAUCGAAGCAAUACUUGUUGUAAGUAUUUAUCGUUCAGUGAUAGAACUGUAUUUAAGAACAACAAUUGUAUCAACCAAUGAAUAAGGACCAAUAAAUAUAACAUUGAACUAGAAUAACGUCACUCAAAGAAAUGCUUGUAGAUGGCUUCUCGGCUCACUAAUUAUAUUUUGAUAUAAAUUUAAGAGUAUGCUUUCCUUGAAUAAUUCGUUAGGUUAAAGGAAUUAUAUGCUCCCAUCUAAAUCCAUACAGCUGAACUCAAGAGACCAGACUUAUUUUCCUUCAGGAGGGAGUGGUAAUACAAUCAGUUAAUCAGAUAUUGACCGAAUGUUAAGCUGAUGCAAUUGGACAAGAUUUGAGUUCUUGUUCUAUGGCUAGGACUUAUCAGACUUCUAAGAUGAGUGAAGUUGUCAACGCGUUCGACUACUUCACUCCCUAUCCUUCGCUUAGGUGUUGACACAGGCCAGUCCUGAAGCAACAAUUUGCAUUUAGAAGAGAAGGAACGCAUCCCAAACAUCCUGGUAUUGUUGCUCAGUGCCAUCAAAGACUCUGCAAAAAAAUUAUGGCAGCUGUCAUAUUCAUACGCUCACUCGUUGUAUUGAUUUGCUUGAACUGACCGGCAUUUUGUAGUUUUCAUCGUGAAUCGAAGCAUUCGCCCAGAAUUGGGAACAGUUCGUGUUGUAGCAAAAUUAAAUAUUAUCAUUCUAACAAUAUGCAUGUGAUAUGCCCAGAAAGGGUAGAAUAACGUUUCUGUGCUGAUAUGUUGAUUUAUUUGUUGCACUUGGUAAGUCCCAUAUAUCCUUUAUCAGUUCAUCUAUUUAAUUAUAUUUAAACUUGACUACUGAUUGAACGAUUAUUGGCUGAAUAACUGGGCGGAAAUAUUUGUUUAGGUAAUAAUGUAUGUUUGAAUUCAAAAUUAGAUUUAGAAACUUCAUUU